UGAAGCAGUAACAUCUCGAGACUCGAGACUUCUUCGCUUUUAACUAACAAUUCGACAAGAUGGCUGACGUUUCUACAUCACCUGCACCUGUACCAGCUCAAGCUGUUCCAGCUAAAACAGCUGUUAAGAAAGCACCUAAGGCCAAGAGUUCUAAUCCUAAGCCUAAACCAAGUCAUCCCAGCACCGCAGAGAUGGUGAACUCCGCUAUCAAGGAGUUGGCUGAGCGCAAUGGAUCAUCUCUUCAGGCAAUCAAAAAGUAUUUGACUGCUAACUACAAGAUUGACGCCGAGAAGCACGCUCCAUUCAUCAAGAAAUAUUUGAAAUCAGCAGUUACUUCUGAAACUUUGGUGCAGACCAAAGGAAAAGGCGCUUCAGGAUCUUUCAAGCUCGCUGUGAAGAAGUCUGUUGCUGCCAAGGCUAAGCCAAAGCCUAAGGUUUCCACGGAGGGAUCACCAAAGAAGGCUGUGAAGAAGCCUGCAACGAAGAAAGCAGCACCCAAGGCGAAGCCCGCUUCACCGAAGAAAGCUGUCACAAAGAAGCCCGCUGGGGAGAAGAAAGCAGUUAAACCUAAGGCAGAGAAAGUUGCCAAACCUAAAAGCCCAUCGAAAGCGAAAAAGGCUGUUAAGGUACCUACUGCCAAGCCUAAGGCUCCUAAACCAAAAAAGGCUGUUGCUCCGAAAUCAAAACCAGCGGCGAAGAAAACAGCUACACAAAAGUGAAUUCCUUAUUCAUUUCUAUGAAAGUUCAUCACUGAUAUACCAUAAUCGGCCCUUUUCA